AUGGUGGGACUAUCCAUAGGAGAAAAGCAUUUUAUACAGGGUGGCAUUGCUCAGGAUCUUCGAUCUGAUGGCCGAAAAAGAUUGACAACUCGGCCCAUCUAUGUUGAAACUGAGAGUCAUUUCCCUAAGAAUGCAAAUGGUUCAGCAAGGGUCAGGAUGGGUGCCACAGAUGUCAUUGCCAGUGUGAAGGCAGAACUUGGAAGGCCGAAUGCGUUGCAACCUGACAAAGGAAAGGUCGUUGUGAAUGUUGAUUGCAGUCCCACUGCAGCACCAAUGUUUGAGGGUAGAGGGGGUGAGGAGCUGUCAGCAGAACUCGCAGUUGCUCUUCAACGUUGUCUCUUGGGCGGUAAAAGUGGAUCUGGUGCUGGAAUUGAUCUCUCCUCUCUGGUAGUUGUGGAAGGAAAGAUCUGUUGGGAUCUUUACAUCGACGGCCUUGUUGUUAGUUCAGAUGGGAAUCUGCUAGAUGCCCUAGGUGCUGCUAUAAAGGCUGCUUUGAGCAAUACAGGCAUCCCAAAAGUAAAUGUUGCAGCUGGUGCAUCAGGCGAUGAGCAACCAGAGGUUGACGUAAGCGAUGAGGAAUUUCUGCAAUUUGACACAUCUAGGGUCCCUGUCAUAGUUACAUUAACAAAGGUAGGCAGGCACUAUAUUGUAGAUGCCACUUCAGAAGAGGAAUCACAAAUGUGCUUGGCUGUUUCUAUUUCCAUCAAUAGGCAAGGCCACAUUUGUGGGUUGACAAAAUGGGGAGGUGCCGGCCUAGAUCCAAGCAUCAUUCUUGACAUGAUAUCUGUGGCAAAAACAGUAAGUGAGCAGCUGAUAAACACAUUGGAUUCUCAUAUAGCUGCUGCUGAAGCUGGCGAAGAGGAGCCGUGA